AUGAUAUCUGUGUUACUGUGUAUGGGAGUCACGAUUCCCGAGUCCAUGGGUUUGGGUGGCGGUGCCUUAAUACUCAUUUAUAACGUGAAGACAAACAAGUCGGUUGCCAUAAACGCCAGGGAAAAGGCACCGGCAGCCGCAUAUCCCAAUCUGUACAAAGACCGGGGACACGCCAACUCAGUGGACGGGCCGCUAGCCAUUGGAGUACCGGGAGAGCUGCACGGAUAUUGGCAUAUGGAAAAGGCACCGGCAGCCGCAUAUCCUAACCUGUACAAAGACCGGGGACACGCCAACUCAGUGGACGGGCCGCUAGCCAUUGGAGUACCGGGAGAGCUGCACGGAUAUUGGCAUAUGUUUACAGAGUAUGGCAGUAAGAAUGUAGCAUGGUCAGAGUUGUUUGAAGGGGCCAUUGGUCUCUGCAAUAACGGCUUUCCUGUGAGCGAACACCUGGGCUCUUGUUUGACCCAAAAGGAGAGUUAUAUCCUGAAACACACGGCCCUCAAGGAUGUCUACGUAAACCCUGAGACCCAGAAAAUCUAUAAACAGGGAGAAACUAUGAAACAAUUAACUUUAGGACAGACUCUGAAAAGGAUAUCAGAAUCCGCGGAUCCGGUGAAGUUAUACUACGAAGAGAUCUCUAAGACAUUAGUAGAAGACAUUGAGAACAGUGCCAAAGACUGGGAUGUCUUGAAUAAUACCCAACCUAUCAUUACUGUCAAAGACUUUCUGGACUAUCGGCCGGUUAUUAGCGAUGCGGUUCACGUCCGGUUUGAUGUGAACAACAAAUUGGAAAACAAUUUAAUGCUUCACUCAAACGCCAGGGAAAAGGCACCGGCAGCCGCAUAUCCUAACCUGUACAAAGACCGGGGUCACGCCAACUCAGUGGACGGGCCGCUAGCCAUUGGAGUACCGGGAGAGCUGCACGGAUAUUGGCAUAUGUAUACAGAAUAUGGCAGUAAGAAUGUAACCUGGUCAGAGUUGUUUGAAGGGGCCAUUGGUCUCUGCAAUAACGGCUUUCCUGUGAGCGAACACCUGGGAUCUUGUUUGACCCAAAAGGAGAGUUAUAUCCUGAAACACACGGCCCUCAAGAAUGUCUACGUAAACAAUGAGACCCAGAAAAUCUAUAAACAGGGAGAAACUAUGAAACAAACUCUGAAAAGGAUAUCAGAAUCACCGGAUCCGGUGAAGUUAUACUACGAAGAGAUCUCUAAGACAUUAGUAGAAGACAUUGAGAACAGUGCCAAAGACUGGGAUAUCUUGAAUAAUACCCAACCUAUCAUUACUGUCAAAGACUUUCUGGACUAUCGGCCGGUUAUUAGCGAUGCGGUUCACGUCCGGUUUGAUGUUCACAACAAAUUGGAAAACAAUUUAAUGCUUCACUCCUUCCCACUUCCCGGAAGUGGAAAUGUGUUGUCAUUCAUAAUGAAUGUGAUGCAGAGAUACCCGGAUUUGUAUCCAAACAGCGCCGACAUUCUGAAGGAUUCCGUGCUAUUCUAUCACAGACUCAUCGAGACCUAUAAGUAUGCGUUCACUAAGAGAUCCCAUUUAGAGGACAGUGAGACCAGCAAAGUAUUGGAAGUGUUGGAACAGUUGAGGUCCAAUGAAUUCGCUCAGAAUGUGAGCGCUUAUAUCGAUGACUCGCAAACAUUUAAAAGUGACUCCGGUCAUUACGACAAAACACCCGUCUUUAUGUCUGAAGAUCACGGAACAGCCCACGCGUCUGUAGUGGACUCUCUCGGCAAUGUUGUGGCCGUCACCACAACUGUUAACACAUAG